GUCGGAUUUCGUAGUUGCUCUUUUCUAUCAUUCGUCAUUUGGUGACUAUCAUGAGUAGUCACGACUGACAGCCAUUCUGCACGCUGUGUCUACCUGCAUAUAGCGUUCAUAAUAAGAAAUCUACCAAUACCUCUCAUCAGAGUAUCGUCAGACUCAAAAUCAUCCUUUCUGACACAUAGUUAAUUUUUGGACAUUUCAAUAGUCUUGGAAAAACUAUGAGUAGUUGGCUAUCCGUUCGAUUAUCUUCAAUAGCUCAUCAUUUAGCUUUAGAUAGCCUUUCGACUUUGCUACCACUAUAAGAACUCAUUUGCGUGUGAACUCGAUUUUUCUCACGCGGCGACACCUUCUCCUAUGAUAAUAGUCGGCAUUCUAGACAGAAGACCGAAUGACAACAUUGAGCUAUGGACUCAUUUUACCAGAAGCGUCGCGACGACAUGCCGAGUACUACCACAUUCAAAACACGGCUCCAUUGGGAACCCAACUUCACUCAAGGAUUGCACCGAACUAUUCAGUCCUCGAACCCGACGCCGACGCGUUUCCUUGACCGCGGCGAAUAUUCGUAUGCCAGAAUCCCACCACCCGCUAGCCGUGCUGAGAUCUAUGGCCUCGCCAUUGGCACAUGCUUCUUGGCUCUGCUCUUGGCAUGGCUUCUCCUACUAGGCAUACGCAACGCCAUCAACUUUUUUGCCAACAAGUCAAACAGAGUAACUCGGGAAAGGGACCCAGAGAGCAAUAUCAUAUUUGAGGCGAGGGAUCCAGAGGAGAGGCGGCCAUUCUUAUCCAACGUGCGUAAUGUGUCUGCAGGACAGUUCAUCGCGUCGGCCCGGCGUAAGAGCGUCGACUUCGCCACCGGGGUCGCUAGGGGUAUAGGUGGACUAAGGAGGACUACACAUCCUACGCCCUAUGUCGACGAGGAGGCGGCUCUGGGCGAAACGGAAAAUAAUGGAACUGAUACGAACGGCCCUUUUUUAAGGCACAAUGCGCGCCAUAUGGCGGGUGCGCUACCUGUUUGAGGGAGGAACAAAAAUUGCUGCACAGAAGGAAUCGUCGUGGU